UACAGCUAGGGUGGUCAUGGCUGAUGAGUUGACAGCACAGAUAAAGAACACUGCCGUCAUUACAGAAUUCUACUGGACACACUGGAGCUCCAGGAGAUCCAAGUGUCUUCCCCCCUCACAUAGUAGGGCCUAGGGCCUUUUCCUACAGACCAUGAUGACUGGAAGGAAUUGGGAUGGAGGGAUGCAGGGGUGUUUGGGAAGCGGAGAAGUGUUGGUUCCUUUUGGCCAGGUCCAAAGAGAAAAUGUAGUCCUUGUCUCUGUCACAUCUGGCACUAGGGACAAUGACUUCCAGAAGAGGGUGGGACAGCCCAGAAAGCACAUCAGCUGGGAGCCAGGGCCCCAGCCUGUUUCCAUCCUAAGCUAGCUCUGUGCCCUCUCGUAUGGAUCCAUGGGUCCUCUGCACACAUUCACAAGGAUCACCAAGGGUGCCAGAUUCUCAUUUCUUAGACCCCGGCCAGGUCUUGGCUUCACAAUCCAAAUUAAGCACACAGGCCCUUCUUUGUGGCCUGGUCACUGGCAGUCACAUCCCUUUUCGGGGGGAGUUUCUGGUCUGACCUUGCCCAUUUGGUUCAUUUUGGAGUUGAAUCACAUCUUUUUUGGAUGUUGCAUAUUUCAGCCUGCGACUCUGAGCCUUGGGAAGAGUGGAGGUGACUGAAUUUUAGUUGAGGGACAGAAAUUUUCUCACCUCCCACAGUUCAUGGCCCCAGAGAUCCUCACUCUUCCUGGAGACUGUGCCUGUCUUGGCCAUCUGAUGGUUGUGGUGCACAGGAGAGCCGACAUCAUAUCCAUCUGCAGCCUAAGGCCUCCAAUGGCCAGAGAGCACAAUGAAGCCUGUAUCUCUAGUUGCUGAAGGACAGGCAGAGUUUUUUUUUUUUUUUGCCUGUCUUUACUUAUACUUCCUACCCCUAUUCCGGUCUGUACCUGGACCCCGUUCACUGACCAAGGAAGUGGGCCUGGGCAGAAGCCACAGGGAGUCACAAGACUAAAUUUCUCCAGGAUGUGGAUGGGCCUAGCACAGAUCUGGUACCCACCAGGCUUGUUGGGGUCUGGCAGGUCUGCCGGGGGGCUACUGACCUGCGGGAGUCCCCGAGACCACCAACGUAGAUGUCUCGUUCAACCUGAGGGAGAGAGUGUGUGGAAGUGAAAGAAGAAAGUAAAGGGGAGUCUGGAGGUCUGAAUGACUUGUAGUCAAGAAGUAGCUUUAUUUUUGUGGGUUACAGCUUUUAUACCUUUUUUCUUGUUACAUUUACUUUAUCUCAGCAGAAAAAGGGGUAAACAGAAAAGAGAACAGAAACCAUGUAAAAAUAGUUAUCAGGGGCCUGUGAUAACAGCUCACAAAGCAGUUUUGAGGGGGCUUGUGAUAAUAGCUUACAAAGCAGUUUAAGAGUUAAUAUAUGUUUUUCAAAGAUACACAGUGCAAGCAAACAAUGGUGCCCUUAAGGUGGCUUGUUAAUCAUGUUUUCCAUCAGGAGGUAGAACAGAGGCUCAGCUCCUGAGAAAAUAUGGGCAGGGGUCUUUGCCCCUCUCAGGCAUCUCAAUUGCAGCAAGCCUAUUGCUUACACAGAGACUAAUGGGGAUAUGAAAGCAGUCAGCACAAUGUCCUCAUAAACCGCAGGCCCUUACUCUGCAUUCUGUUUUUGCCUCAGUGGCUUAGCCAUUUUUACCUCGACUUGGCAGCCCUCGAGAGCGGGGGGAGAGCAGAUAGGUCCAGCAGCCAAGAUGGGGCGAGUCACGCUAACUGUCUCAAGCCCUUGGCGCGAACACUGCACAGGCUCUUGAUGUUUGGAGAAUUAAUGAGGGUGGUCAGGAGUGAUUAGAAACAUCUUUGAGCUCUGAUGAAACACUGAACCAGAGAUCUCUAGGCUUCUGCUCAAGAUCCUCGGGGAAGGUGGGACUUGAACGGUAGCUAGUUUUGGGCCUUUUCCACAGCUGGAGGAGACUAGUCCCUGAUUUGCACUUGCCAGCUGAUCUCUGGGCCCGCUGUGCCAGCCUUACCUAGAGUUCUUGUUGGAAAUGGCUCCGGUAUCUAUUUUUCACAAACAGCCCAGUGAUAACCAGAAGAUUCUCGAACAAGAGUGCUGACCAGAGACUCCGAGAGCCUUUGGGAGAGGGACUAAGCUGCCUCCUGCCUGGGAAAAUUAGGCUCCAGUCACUUCCUGGAGCAUGUCAAACCCCACCUCCAGCAGGACAUCCAGCCUGAGUCCUCUGCAGAGCAGGCAGCUCCACCCUCCCCGCUCAGCCCUACCUAUCACACCUGAGCCAGCAGUUUGUGUAGUCAGAGGAGCACAGACAGGUCUCCGUGCUGGGGCCCGGGCUGCCCAGCCAUGCUCUGGGCACUCUGGCCAAGGUGGCUUGCAGGCAAGAUGCUGCCCUUCCUGGGGGCAGUGCUGGUUCAGAAUAGCAAGAAGAAGGGCCCUCCUUGGAGGCACCGUUGGCGGGAAACCCAUCCAUACUAUGACCUCCAGGUGAAGGUGCUGAGGGCCACAAACAUCCGGGGCACAGACCUUCUGUCCAAAGCCGACUGCUACAUGCAACUGUGGCUGCCCACGGCAUCCCCCAGCCCUGCCCAGACUAGGAUAGUGGCCAACUGCAGUGACCCCAAGUGGAAUGAGACCUUCCACUACCAGAUCCAUGGCGCUGUGAAGAAUGUCCUGGAGUUCACCCUCUAUGACAAGGACAUCGUGGGCAGUGACCAGCUCUCCCAGCUCCUGUUUGACCUGAGGAGCCUCAAGUGCAGUCAACCCCACAGACACAUCUUCCCACUCAACGACGAGGAUUUACAAGAGCUGCAGGUGGAAUUCAUUCUGGAGAAGGGGUGAGUACCUGUGUCUGAAGUCAUCACCAAUGGGGUUCUAGUGGUGAGCUCACCCCGUCUGAAAAUCCAGGGCAUGCUCCAGCGAGAUGGGACAGCCCCACAUCAAGAGUUCGGCUCUAGGCAGCUCCAGCUGGCAGUGCCUGGGGUCUAUGAGAAGCCACAGCUCUUGCCUCUGAAGCCUCCUGCAGAGCCAGGCCUCCCACCCAUCUUCACCUUCCACGCGAACCCAGUGCUGAGCUCUAGGCUGCACGUGGAGCUGACGGGGCAGCUCUCGGCUGUGCAGAGUGGCCCCAAAGAGCUGGAGACUCAAACCAGCAAGCUGGGUGAGGGAGGCAUCCUGCUCUCCUCUCUGCCCCUAGGCUGGGAGCAACAGCAUUCUGUGGCCCUGGGGGAGGGCCAGGAAGUGGCUCUGAGUGUGAAGGUGGAAAUGAGCUCCGUGGACCUGGACCUAUGCCUUGGCUUUGACCUCUGUGAUGGGGAGCAGGAGUUUCUGGACAGGAGGAAGGAGGUCGUGUCCAAGGCCCUGCAGCAGGUGCUGCGAUUGAGUGAGGCUCCGGACAGUGGCCAGGUGCCUGUAGUGGCUGUGUUGGGUUCCGGGGGUGGAACGCGAGCCAUUUCUUCUCUGUAUGGCAGCCUGGCAGGGUUGCAGGAGCUCGGCCUUCUAGACACUGUGACCUACCUGAGUGGUGUCUCUGGAUCCACCUGGUGCAUCUCCACAUUCUACAGGGACCCAGUCUGGUCCCAGGUGGCCUUGCAGGGCCCCAUUGAGUGUGCCCAGGUCCUCGUCUGCAGCAGUAAGAUAGGAGCUUUGUCCACAGAGUGGCUACAGUACUACACUCGGGAACUUGGGGUCCAGGAAUGCAGUGGCCACAGUGUGUCUCUCAUCGACCUCUGGGACCUUCUCGUGGAGUAUUUCCUGUACCAGGAGGAGAACCCUGCCAAGCUGUCUGACCAACAGGAGGCGGUCCACCAGGGUCAGAACCCUUAUCCCAUUUACUCCAAUGUCAACGUCUGCACCAACAUCAGUGGGGAAGACUUUGCAGAGUGGUAUGAGUUCACCCACUAUGAGAUCGGCUUCCCCAAGUAUGGGGCGUAUGUUCCCACCGAGCUCUUCGGCUCAGAGUUCUUCAUGAGACGAUUGCUGCAGCUCCAACCCGAGCCCCGGAUCUGCUACCUGCAAGGUGUGUGGGAUAGCGCCUUUGCUGCCAGCCUGGAUGAGAUCUUCCUAAAGACUGCUGGCUCAGGUCUCGGCUUCCUGGAGGGGUACAGAGGCAGUGUGAAUAUCACAGGUGAGGGUAGCGACUCUGAACCCCUCCCACACCACCUUGCAGCAAUAGAGCUUUGGCAGAGACGUGAAGAAUGAGGGAGGGGAAAGAGAAGGACUUGGCUGUCCUAUUGGACUCAGGGAGGUCCAGAGGAAAUGACAUCUAGCUUAGGGUCUCUAGAUGCCUAGAGGUAUGAUCAAGCCACACCUGUGAGUUCUCUGUUCUGGGAUCCAGUUAGGUCCAUUCAGCACAGGACUACUGGGUAUUUGGUGGAUACUCUGUCUACCAAUCGUCAGUAGCUCCUCUACAGCCUGGUCCUUAAAUUAUUGUUAAUCUUUACAAUAAACCCGCUGGAUAGGGGAGUUUAAAAUAUUUUAUUUUGCAACUGAGAAACCAGCUCAGAAAGGAGGUGUCAUCUGCCUGAAGUCACUCAGCUAGUCAGAAACAGAAAAGGGUAUGUGUGAGUCUGGGGCAGUAGGAGGUGGACAGGGUAGAGGGUGGGGGUCAGAGGCUUGCUCCUGCCCAGGCCUUGAAGAU